CAUCAAUGGCGGAAUCUAUUUACAACAGUGAUUGAGCUACAAUUGCAAGUAGUGACCGAAAAGAAGGCAUUUCGUUGCAAAUUUGAAUUGGACCCUUGUCCAUCUAGGAUUAGGAUGAGGGGUGGUAGUCCCUAUCUACUUCUGUCUCUACAGAUCCAUCUCGAAGACCAACUGGCCACCAAGUGGGUCCCUCUCACAUUAUUAAUCCUUGCAGCCAAUUUCCUAUUACUUUUCAUACCCAACUAUAAAUCGAAGAGCCAGAAAAGCCCUGACCCUUCAACUCUCAACCUCUUCUCACGUGGGCUCCAUGUCCAAAUUGACAUCACUUCUCUUAUUUUGACAAAAUGUCCUCUAUUAUUUGGCUAAGCUCCGUCCACGUGUCUCUCCUCUAUUUGCUGCUUUCCAGAUCUCCCUGGCCCCACCAGAUAGAAUCAUACUCACUCCUUACGCCACAGUAAACGCUACACAACAAUUAGCCAAAGUCCAAACAAUACACAAAAGAAAACUGUGCCUGUGUUUAUUGUUUCAUCCCCACAGAGAGAGAGAGGACUUGGCUAACUGUGAGUCGUGGAAUGGCUUCCAAGUUCUGUGAUUCAUGUAAAUCGGCAACGGCAACUCUUUUCUGCCGUGCUGACUCCGCUUUUCUUUGCGUGAACUGUGACUCAAAGGUUCACGCUGCCAACAAGCUUGCCUCGCGCCACGCGCGCGUGUGGGUUUGUGAGGUGUGCGAGCAAGCUCCAGCUCAUGUCACCUGCAAGGCCGAUGCUGCAGCACUCUGCGUCACGUGCGACCGAGAUAUUCACUCCGCCAAUCCACUGGCUCGCCGACACGAGCGAGUUCCUGUGACGCCGUUCUACGAGUCGGUCGGUUCUGUUAAGCCAAACGCAGUAAACUUCCUUGAUGACCGUUACUUCUCCGACGUGGAUGGAGACGUCGAUGUAAGCAGGGAGGAAGCAGAGGCAGCUUCGUGGCUGCUUCCAAAUCCUCCCAACCCGAAGCUAAUGGAGAGUCCAGAUCUGAAUACAGGUCAGUAUGUCUUCUCGGACAUGGACCCGUAUAUGGAUCCGGGUUGCGGUCCUGUCACUGUGGAUCCGAAACUCGAAGCACAGGAACAGAACAGCUCGGGCACGGAUGGUGUAGUACCCGUGCAAAGCAAGACCGUUCAAGUUCCAUUAGUGAACGAUCACUGCUUUGAGCUGGACUUCACCGGAUCCAAGCCUUUUGCCUACGGCUAUAACACACAGUGUCUGAGCAACAGUGUAUCAUCCUCAUCUGUGGACGUUGGAGUAGUGCCAGAUGGCGGGAACAUGACGGACAUAUCAAAUGCGUACUGUAAAACAGUGAGUAACGGGAUGGAAUCUACAAAUCCAACGGUUCAGCAAACAGCAGUGGACAGGGAAGCAAGGGUGUUAAGGUACAGAGAGAAAAGGAAGAACCGAAAGUUCGAGAAGACAAUCAGAUACGCAUCGCGAAAAGCUUAUGCCGAGACGAGGCCAAGAAUCAAAGGAAGAUUCGCGAAGCGAAUAGAUAUUGAAGUAGAAGCAGAUCGAGGCAGUAUCUACGGAUUCGUGGUUCCAUCCUUUUAAUCCCUCUGUAACAAAUAAAAUUUUUUGUUGCUGUUGUCGUGGUUGUUGACGUGUUAAAAGCAGUGUAUAUAAGUAGGUGAAGCCUGGUGCUUGAUCGAUGGAUUGGCGACCGUCGAUCUUGUAGUAGUUUUGUGCAAUAAUGAGUUUUGCUUUUUUUUUAUUA